UGAGGAGAGUAAAGCGUUAGUUGCCAGUUGCCAGCUGAUGGCCGGCCUGAGCGGUCACGCGUGCGCGCGUUCACAUAACCGCGUGUGCACAAUCGAAACAGGCGCUCUCGCUCGCGUCUAAAGUAAGCGUGGACCGAAGCAACGAAGCGCAGCGAAGCGGAGUCGAGUAGUAGAUGCGUCGUUAUCGCCGUCAUUAUCGUGAUUUUCGUGAUAGCGCGGGAUGCGCGCUAUUGGGAUUCACUGAUUUGCCAAUUUCCGCCCGACGAGGACACGCGGACGAAGAAUGUCUUCGGUGUUCUCGAAGCUGAUCGACGGUGCGUCCGCACGCUACGGCGUGCGACAGGAGACGCUGACGUGCGGCGUCGCCGGCGCAGCUACGGCGCUCUAUCUCCUCAAACUCACCUAUCCGCACAUCCUCACUCGCCUCAAACAAUCCAGCCAGAAGAAAAGCCAACAAUCUCACUCCAAACGCAAUAGAAGCAAUGCCGUUCUACGAAAUAAUUCUCUUGAUAACAACUCCGUCGGAAGUGGCGGGGGAAAACAAAGAUUGUCAGUCGGAUUGGAUCGCGAUUUUUUCCGACAGCUGAUGAUGUUAUUGAAGAUCAUGGUGCCGGGAUGGCGUACUCGAGAGAUGGGCUUAUUGGCAUGCGCGACGUUGAUGUUACUGGCGAGAACCUUCCUGUCGGUGUAUGUAGCCGAACUGGAGGGUCAGAUCGUCAAGAGGAUAGUUUUACGCGACGUAGGCGGCUUUGGCUUAAUGCUCGCGCGAUGGUUCGCCAUCGCCUUACCCGCCACCUUUGUCAACUCCGCCAUCAGAUAUCUCGAGGGCCGGCUGGCGCUUAGCUUUAGGGAGCGUCUGGUGAAGCAUGCCUACAAGAUGUACCUGAGUCAACAGACUUAUUAUAGGGUAUCGGCUUUAGACACUAGGCUUGGCGGGGCCGAGCAAAGACUGACAGAUGACUUAUCAGAGCUAGCCAGUUCCGUAGCGCAUCUAUAUUCUAGUUUAACAAAACCGUUGCUAGACUGUGCUUUAGUCGGUAUAGCGCUUAUUUCAUUUUCACAUAAAAUGGGCGCGAAAACAAUACCAGGUCCACUAUUAGCGGCAGCGGUCAUUGCUUUAACCGGACAAGUUCUGCGUUUUGCUUCACCGAAGUUCGGCCAACUGGUUGCUGAAGAAGCAACGCGACGUGGGAAAUUAAGAGAAGCGCAUGCUCGUAUCAGUGCGCAUGCAGAAGAAAUUGCAUUCUAUGGAGGUCACAAUACAGAACAUCGUUAUCUAAGCUCCGCUUAUAAGUCUUUGGUAAUGCAUUUGCAUCGUAUUCUCGCUGUUAAACUGUGGUACGUGAUGCUGGAACAGUUCCUUAUGAAGUACUUGUGGUCUGGCACGGGACUUCUCGUUAUCGCAAUGCCGUUGCUUUAUAACACGGCUGCAUCAUCGGGAAGCGGGAUGAUUAAUACGGAUGGCGAUGGUGGUGUGAGUGAGCGAACAAGAUAUCUGACCACUUCAAAAAAUCUUUUGAGCUCUGGAGCAGAUGCUGUCGAACGACUUAUGUCGUCUUAUAAAGAAUUAGUCGCAUUAGCGGGGUAUGCAGCGCGCGUCAGCGAAAUGCUAGAUGUAUUUAAGGAUGCUGCGCUCUGCAAAUACAAGAGGAACAUCGUUACCAGUAGUCCAUCGAGAUCCGUUCCAAAUGGUAACGCUCAACAACUCACGGACAAAGUAAUCGAAUUUAGUAACGGCACUCCAAUAAUAAAAGGAAUUGUUCGCGAAAGCACGGACGGCAGUAUAAGUCUAAUCAAUGUACCGAUAGUCACGCCUAAUUGCGAAAUAAUUGUACUUAACUUAACAGUCCAUAUAAAGCCAGGCGAUCAUCUUUUAAUCACUGGACCCAAUGGCUGCGGUAAAAGCUCUCUCUUUCGUGUUAUUUCCGGUCUUUGGCCCGUUUAUGAUGGAACUCUCAUCAGACCAGCCGAAAUAAAUUCUUCCGAACAUGGCAGGCCUGCCCUAUUUUACAUCCCACAAAAGCCGUAUAUGACAGUGGGCUGCCUACGAGAUCAAAUCAUCUAUCCAGCGCAUUCUGGGUCAGAGAAUUGCUCGGAUGAAGAGCUGUUACAAUUGUUAGAUGAUGUCGACCUACGAAGUAUCGUGGAACGAGAACCGGAAGGUUUCGAUACUCUCGGCGACUGGGACUCUACUCUAUCAGGAGGCGAGAAGCAACGGCUCGCAAUGACGCGUCUUCUCUAUCAUGCUCCACAGUAUGCUUUGUUAGACGAAUGCACAAGCGCUGUCAGCCUCGAAGCUGAAGGAAUAAUAUACGAAACUGCAAAGAAAAAAGGAAUCACCCUGUUAACGAUCACUCAUCGAGUAGCAUCGCUCGCUAAAUAUCACAAGUUAUUAUUGAAAUUCGAUGGAGAAGGCGGUUGGACCUUUGGCCCGCUGAAUAUGGAUGGAUUACCGAUAUUACCAAAUCGAGAAGCUAAUAAGGAAGAAGCUGAACGAGAGAAAGCAAAGAUUAGCCAUUACCAUAUGUUGCAUGAGCUACGUGAUAUACAUCCUGAAAAUACCUAUGUGGGAAUUAGUUGAAAAGUACAGUCUAUGGAAUUUUAUAUUACAAAUGGAAUAAAAAAUACAAAAAUAAUAUAGUAUAAAAAGAUAUGAAUAUAGAAUACGAAAA